AUGAAGGUGGAGUUGGUGGUUGUGGUAGUGGUGGUGGUGGUGUUGGUUAUGGAGGUGGUGGUGAAUGUGGAGGUUUUGGAGGAGGUGGUAGUUGUGGUGGUGGUGGUGGUGGUUGAGGUGGAGGUGGAUGAGGUGGUGGCGGCGGUGGUGGUGGUUGUAGAGGUAGUGAAUGUGGUGGUGUAA